UGUUUGGUGCAGAGAACAUUGAUGAGAGGCUGGGGUGAGGUGUGGGAGGGCUGGGAGUGCCUGCCUCUUUCUCCAGGCUCUUAGAGCCAUCUGAGCCAGCUGCAUACUGGCAGCUCACCCACCCUGCAUCUACAAUCCCAGCGCUGCUGGAAAGGACAUCAGUCUUCCCUGGGAAAAUUACAUCACCCAUAGGAUUUAAACAUGAUUUUUCUCCUUGGAUUCUGUUUUUGUGUUUCCACUUCCCUGGGAGAUAAAAUGACUGACAGCAACUUAAUAGAGUUUUCAUUAGUAAAUGGCAUAGAGGGAAAAGUUGCAUCCCGGGUUCCAAGGCAAAUCCCUUUUUCUUCAAGAAGAGAAAUCAAACCCUUGGUUUCUGAAUUCACUGUGAAAUCGACCAUUAUAUCACGCUAUGCAUUCACUGCUGUGUCCUGCACCAUGGUGAAUCGGGCAGCUGAAGCUAAAGAUGUUGUAUUCCAGAUGCAGAUUCCAGCAGCAGCUUUUGUUUCCAACUUCACAAUGAUUCUAGGAGGCAAAACAUAUUACAGUGAAGUCACAUGGAGAAAGAAGACUGGAGACAACAAUAUACAUGAUUAUGAGAAAAUGAAUGGCGACAGGUUAGAAAAUGAAAUGGAAACAUUUAAUGCAUCAGCGUUCAUUCCUGGAAGAGACAAAGCAGUUUUUCUGCUUAUGUAUGAGGAGCUGCUUCAAAGACGCCUUGGAAUGUAUGAGCAUGUAAUCAGUGUCCGCCCACAGCAGUUAGUGGGCCGCCUAUUGGUGGAGGUCAAUAUUUUCGAGACAUCUGGAAUCACUGUCCUAGAGGUUUUGCCACUCCAAAACAAUAAGCAGAAAAGUAAAAAUGAUGAAAUCUCCCCUCCUCCAUCAACGAUUAUUAACCAGACAGAAAAUUUUGCAAGAAUAACGUUUGAACCCAAUGUGGUUCAACAAGCAAAGAUCACUCAGAAUGGGAAUCUUGGUGAUUUUGUGGUUCGAUAUGAUGUAAGAAGAGAGCUUAGCAUUGGUGACAUUCAGAUAUUAAAUGGAUACUUUGUACAUUAUUUUGCACCCACUGACUUACCUCCUCUGCCAAAAAAUGUGGUUUUUGUGAUUGAUACAAGUGCUUCCAUGGUUGGAACUAAAAUGAGACAGACGCAGGAUGCUUUAUUUACUAUUCUCCGAGACUUGAGACCUGAUGAUCAUUUCAAUAUAAUUGGGUUCUCCAACAAAAUAAAAAUUUGGCAGCAAAACCAACUUAUGAAAGUUUCUCCGAACAACAUUAGAGAUGCAAAAAAGUUCAUAUUUGGCUUGUCACCUACAGGAGGUACAAAUAUAAAUGGAGGUAUCCAGGCUUCCACAAGCCUCCUUAAUGAAUAUUUAGUAAAUAUGGACAAGCUUGAAAAGACCGUAUCACUGAUAAUAUUCUUGACUGAUGGAAGACCAACAAUUGGGGAAGUCCAGUCUAGCAAAAUCCUAAUUAAUACCAAGAAUGCCAUCAGGGAAAAGUUCUGCCUAUUCAGCAUUGGCAUUGGCAAUGAUGUUGAUUUCCAACUGCUGGAAAAAUUAUCCCUGGAAAACUGUGGCAUAAUGCGCCGGGUCACUGAAGACGAUGAUGCAGCUGUUCAGCUGAAAGGGUUUUAUGAUGAGAUUGGCACACCAUUAUUAUCUGAUAUUCGAAUUGACUAUUCACCAGAUAGUGUUGAACACGUCACACAGAACAUGUUUUACAACUACUUUAAUGGGUCCGAAAUAGUGGUGGCUGGAAAACUGAUUAAUAAAUCCAGUGAUGCUUUGCAUGUGGAAAUCACAGCAAGUAACAGAAACAAAUAUGUUGUCCUCGAAGCCGAUGUAAAGAUUGAAGGUGAUGGACAAAAGAAGGUUUCAGGACCUCAGAUUAUCGAAGACAGCAAACAAUACAGGACCCACGUAGAACGGCUGUGGGGGUACUUGACUUUUAAGGAACUCCUUACAGCUUGGCAUAAGAGUGAUAAAGACCAUGAGAAGGAGGAAAUAACAAGAAAGGCCAGCCAACUUGCAAUGAGGUAUAACUUUGUCACACCAUUCACACUGCUAGAGGUAAAGGACUAUGGCUUCCAGGCGGAUCUUCCCAAAGAAGAGUCAGCCAGCUUUUAUACAGAGGGGAUUGGACAGAAACUUCUCAGUCUACAAGGAAGGAAAGUAACAAAAGAACCUCCAUCCCAACAGAUAGGCAAACAAAAACCACCGAUGUCUAAAACUUCAGCGGAUGGAGAUCCACAUUUUGUUGUUGACUUCCCCCUGAGCAAGUUGACAGUGUGCUUCAAUAUUGACGGUGAACCUGGAGAUGUACUAAGGCUGGUAUCUGACCAUAAAUACUCUGGUGUGACAGUAAAUGGGCAGCUGAUCGGUGCUCCAGCUCCUCCAAAUGGACAUAAGAAACAACGGACCUAUUUCAGCAAAAUCACUAUAGUCGUCAACAAACCAAAGCGCACUUAUAUGGAAAUUACUCCCAACAAGGUGAUCCUGGACAGCAAGGAUCGGCUCAUUCUAGCAUGUGACAAGAGUACCACAGUGAAGAGUGAUGACCUUUUGGUCUCUGUUGCUGCUAAGUCCAAUGUCACUGUUACCAUUUACGGCACUAUUACGUUUGUAAUUCUGGUGCAUCAGUACAAGAAUCCAGCUCCCUUUCAAAGAAACCACUUGGGAUUUUACAUUUCUAACAGCAAAGGACUGUCCCCAAAUUCUCAUGGACUUUUAGGUCAGUUCCUAUAUAAUGAAGUUAAGGUCACUCAGGUGCCCCUGAGCACAAACAAUGCAACAAACCAAAGCUCACAUGUCAUUAACAUGCUGAAGGUUAGAAAUCGCUCGGUCCCUGUAAUCAGAAAGCAGAGGAAAUUAUACAAUGGCCUUCACCAAGUGGACUGCUGGUUUGCAAAGAAUAAUGCGGAAAAACUGAUUGAUGGGGUGUAUCAGGAUUAUCUUCUGUCUCAUCCCUUUGACUGUGGUAAGGAUUUAAUAACAAACGAAGUGUAAAAAAAAAAAAACAGUAUUUCAAUCAUUCCGCUUAUAUGUGCUAAAAAGCUAAUUAACAAGCAUUAGAAGAGGACCUCAACCAAUGUAUCUGGUAUAGCACAGUAUACCAAUAUUUUCAGUCUAGGUCACAGUAAAUGACUGUGACAUCUUUGCACAAAGUGUUCCUUGGAAACCAUUAUAGAUGAACUUAUAUCUACAUUUGCGGUGUUGACAUCGUUUUUUUGUACAUUCUUAUCAGCACAUAGAUAUAUUCCUAAUGUAAGAAAGUUUUUUAUGAAAUUGUACAUUUACCAUGUAUGUACCAUUGUUCCAUCUGUUCCAGCAUAUGAUGCAUUGAUUACUGAAAUUGUUUGUAUUACUAACAUUCUUUUUACAUUUUUUUAUCUUUAAUAUGUUCUUUAAGAUGAAUAUAGGUUCAAGACAUCUGGGCUUAAUUAAAGUGAACUUUUGCUCCGCCUUGAAUAUUUGAAAUUAAAAGUGCUGCCUGCCAACAGACACCACACAGAAGAGUCUGCUAUGUGCCUGUCUAAGAUUAUUUUAAUUUUAAAAAAGAGAACUCCAUAGUAAAGUUUAGUACUCCACGCAAAUAGAUAGGAAAUUCCCAUGGUGUACAGCACAUGGUGUAAAGAAAAAUCUUUUCUGGACAGGAUAGGUAAUAGCAGACUCCUUACAGUGCCUACUGUUGGGUGUGAUAAGAAGGUCUCACAAGGAUCAAACAGUGUUGGUAAUAGUGAAAUUUCAGCUUUCACUCUGUAAUUUGCAG